AUGGUUCCUCAGGAUUUGGGAUUCGAGGAACAAUACGCCCGGCUCCUGUGCCAUCAUCAGGACUACUAUCAUAGAUUGCAGCAUCGGAAAGAGAAAGCGAAUAAAGUCGCUACCAUACGUCAACAUUACUACCCGGAAGGAGGAUGGGGAUGGGUCGUUGUAUGCUGCGGAUUGGCGGUCCACAUACUCAUCGAGGGAGUUGCAUUCGCCUUCGGCCAGCUUCUAGCUCCAGCGAAACACAAGUGGAAAAACACUCCGGAUCUCCAUAUUGGCACGAAGCUCUUGUUUGUCGAAUCCCCACUGCGCGCGAUGUCGGCCAAAUUCAAUCUGAGGCCAUCGCUUGACUUGCGCUUCAAACCGGACGAAGCCAAAUCACUCAUGAAAGAAGUGGUCAACCCUCUGUUGGACACAGUCGAGGUCUACGACGGCUCUGCGGUGUCCAAACUCGCGCAGCGCAUAUCCGAGGACGUGGUUGGUCAACUCAAGCUCAGAACGGACCGGCUCAAAGAAGAAGAGGCUCUACGACCAACGACAGCCGCGAGUCUGAGGAGUGUGACAGAUUCAGGUGGAGGUCAGUACAAAUUCAUCUGUCACACGGUACUCGUGGAAAAUAGAGGAGCAGGUAUCAGAGUCGCUUACGGCCAGCAGUGGGACGUGGACUCGGAUGGAGCGGCGUCUUACUUCUAUUCAACCGGCGCACUCCAAUGCGUCUGUACUGUUCUUGCUCUGUUUUAUUACUGA